CCGCGGCGGCGCAGCGGCGGUCCGGGUGGUCGGUCUGGACGGGAAGAACAGCCGCCCGGUCCGGGGAAGGAUGCCGUACAGAUACUGGAUCCACAGGUGUGCUUAAACAAGCAUCCAGGUUCAAACCAUCCCUCUGGCAGACAUGAGGAACAAAGGGCUGAAGACGCAGUCCUGAAGAUUGAUGGAGGGCCAUGCUAUUCAAACAGCAGGCACUGCUGAGACAGAAGCUCUUCGUUCUGGGCAGCCUCGUGAUCGGAAGUGUCCUCUAUCUUGUGGCCAGGGUUGGGACUUUGGAUAGGUUACAACCCAUUUGCCCCAUUGAGAGCAGAUUUCAUCCGUCUGAGCCGGAGCAAAUCCCUCUUCGUACGCUGCAGUUUAAACGCGGGCUGCUCCACGAACUACGCAAAGGCAAUGCCACCAAAGAGCAAAUCCGCCUGCACAACCUGGUCCAGCAGCUGCCUCGGGCCAUCAUCAUCGGCGUUCGCAAGGGGGGCACCCGCGCCCUGCUGGAAAUGCUCAACCUGCACCCAGCCGUGGUCAAGGCUUCGCAGGAGAUUCACUUCUUUGACAAUGACAAAAACUAUGCCCGCGGCAUUGACUGGUACAGGGGUAAAAUGCCCUUCUCCCUCCCUCACCAGAUCACCAUUGAGAAGAGCCCUGCCUACUUCAUCACAGAGGAGGUUCCCGAGCGCAUCUUCAAGAUGAACUCUUCCAUUAAGCUGCUGAUUAUCGUCCGAGAGCCCACCACCAGAGCUGUGUCCGACUACACCCAAGUGCUUGAGGGCAAGGAGCGCAAGAACAAGACUUACCACAAGUUUGAAAAUCUAGCCAUUGACGCCAACACGUGCGAAGUGAACACCAAAUACAAAGCCGUCCGCACCAGCAUCUACACAAAACACCUGGAGCGCUGGCUCAAGUAUUUCCCUGUGGAGCAGUUCCACAUAGUGGACGGGGAUCGGCUCAUUACGGACCCGCUGCCAGAGCUGCAGCUGGUCGAGCGCUUCCUGAACCUCCCCUCCAGGAUUAGUCAGUACAACCUGUACUUUAAUGCCACCAGGGGAUUUUACUGUCUGCGAUUCAACAUUGUCUUCAACAAGUGCCUGGCCGGCAGCAAGGGCCGCAUCCAUCCUGAGGUGGACCCGUCUGUAGUGACUAAGCUGCAGAAGUUCUUCCACCCUUUUAAUCAGAAGUUUUACCAGAUCACUGGAAGAACAUUUAACUGGCCAUGAAAUUUGUCUUUCAUACAAAAAAAAAUAAUAAAAAAAAGAUCUGACAAGGUAUGAACAGCACUUUGUUUAGUUUAAUACAAGUAUGAUAUUGUGACCAAAUAAUAAUACUUGAUGUAAGUUUGCUCUAUGUGUGUAAAAUGCAACACAAUAGUUUGAUGUUUUCACUUAGAGGUUAGGUGGGCAGAGCCAAUUCUUUAAAGUCAGUUUACACGUCUGUCUGUGUUUCUCUUCCUAAAAAAGAACAUUUUCAUGCAGUGUGUUUACAGUUACUUGCAAAGUAAGAGUUAGAGAAGCAGAACUUCUUGAACUCUUCUAAAUUUUGUCAUGUCCCAACUUGUGAAAUGAGUGAAAUCUGAAAAUGUUGGAGUGCAUCUGUAAUCAGAAUCCUUUUUAAACCCCUAAGCAGAUUAAAGUGGAACUAAUCAUGCAUAACAACCCUAAUAGAGAUCUCAGAACAAACAGCACCAAGAGACCAGGCAGGGAGAGCAUUGGUCAGAGGAGCAGGCCUGGUAGAUCUGGAGAAACUGCAAAGAUCCAGAGAACAGGUGGGAGAAUCUCUCAGCGUCACAGAUCUGACCUCUUUGAAAGAGAUACAAGAAAAAAAGUAAUUGAAUGAAAGCCAUCAGCAGAACAGUUAGACGCCCUGAUAUUAGACACUUGAUUAUAAUUUCAGUUUAUGUAUAUUAUCCUGAUUAACAAUAAAUUUCUCAAUUCACUUUACAAU